AUGGAUUCGUACCUGAUCCAAGUGAAUGGCCAUGGUGAUCAUGCCCCCGUGCUGGAUGUUCAUCUCAAGACCAACGGGAACAGCAUAUCGCUGGGGAAGGUGAAGGGCCGGAAGCCAAGAUGGGCUGUCAGGGCUUCUGAAAUGUCAAAGAAGACUUUCAAUCCUGUCCGAGCCAUCGUAGACAGCAUGAAGGUGGAGCCCAACCCAAAGAAAGCCAUGAUCUCCUUGUCCUUAGGAGACCCGACGGUCUUUGGAAACCUUCCCACAAAUGAUGAGGUCACACGGGCUGUGAAGGAGGUUUUGGACUCAGGAUGCUACAACGGUUAUGCUCCAUCUGUUGGCUACCACUCCUGCCGGGAAGCAGUGGCCGCAUACUACAGCUGCCCAGAGGCACCGCUGGAGGCCCAGGAUGUUAUCUUAACGAGUGGCUGCAGCCAGGCUAUAGAGCUUGCCUUGGCAGUGCUGGCCAACCCAGGCCAGAACAUCUUGGUGCCACGGCCCGGCUUCUCCCUCUACAAGACUCUGGCGUUGUCUAUGGGGAUUGAGGUCAAACUCUACGACCUCUUGCCAGAGAAGGCCUGGGAAAUUGAUUUGAAGCACUUGGAGUCUCUGGUGGAUGAGAAGACAGCUUGCCUCAUUGUGAACAACCCGUCAAACCCCUGUGGCUCUGUGUUCAGCAAGAGCCACCUCCAGAAGAUCCUGGCAGUGGCAUCGAGACAGUGCGUGCCCAUCCUUGCUGAUGAGAUCUAUGGAGACAUGGUGUUUGCCGACUGCAAAUAUGAACCCAUUGCAACUCUCAGCACCAAUGUGCCGAUCUUGUCCUGUGGUGGCUUGGCAAAGCGGUGGCUAGUCCCUGGCUGGCGGAUGGGCUGGAUCCUCAUUCAUGACAGGAGAGACAUCUUUGGUAACGAGAUCAGGGAUGGCCUUCUAAGACUGAGUCAAAGGAUCCUAGGACCCUGUACAAUUGUCCAAGGAGCACUAGAACGUAUCUUGCACCGAACACCCCCUGAGUUCUACCACAACACCCUCAGCAUCCUCAAGUCCAAUGCUGACCUUUGUUAUGCUGCCUUAUCAGCUAUUCCUGGCCUUCGGCCUGUCCGGCCUGCUGGAGCCAUGUACCUCAUGGUUGAGAUUGAGAUGGAGCAUUUCCCAGAGUUUGAAAAUGAUGUGGAGUUCACUGAGCGACUCAUCUCAGAGCAGUCUGUGUUCUGCUUGCCAGCCACGUGUUUUGAGUACCCAAACUUCUUCCGUGUGGUGAUCACUGUGCCUGAGGAGAUGAUCUUGGAGGCCUGCAGUCGCAUUCAGGAGUUCUGUGAGAUGCACUACCAGAGUGCUGAGGGGGCCCAGGAUCUGGAGUGUGACAAGUAG